GGUUACACUUCGCUGUCAGCGGAAAGAUGGCGGCGGGACACAUAUUUAAUCGGAGCAUGCUAACAUUAGGAAUUCACUGCCAGCGUUUUGGCAGUAGUAUUUCACUAACGCAGGUCAGAGGGAAAAAACGCUGGAUGAAAGCGUACAUGUAUCUCAUGGCAAAGAAAUUAAAGCUUGAAGGACCUCCACCACCCAAGCCACGGUGGCAACAGCCUAAUUGGGAUUACCAUGCUGAGGUUCAGGCUUUCAGUUCUCGCCUCCAUGAAAACUUCUCCCUGGAGCUUCUGAAAACAGCCUUCAUCAAUCCAUGUUACCUGCAGGUGGAGCAGGAGAGGAGGAAGCAGCUGGGUGUGGACUUGGAGACCACAGCUCUUCUUCUUAAAGAUAAUAUUCAACUGAGUAAAAAGGGAUCAGAUUUCACCAAAAGCUUCCUGACCAAUUGGUGCAGGGCAAAUUUCCUGAGCCUGCCAGACGAAGGGGUGGAGAGUAUUGUGGGGCAUCUCAACAGUCCCACAGUUGUGACUUGCGUAGCAAGAAAUCUCGGCAUUGAAGACCUAACCAUGAGUGCAGAAUUCCCUGUUCCAGAUGAUGUGCUCUAUUCUACAUUCAUGGCCGUGACAGGAGCUCUGCAGGAAAGCAGUGGUGCAGAGCAAGCUGGAUUAUUUCUCAGGGAUUUUCUGGUAAGUCAGCUGAUUGGAAAGGACCUAUUUGAUAUAUGGACUGUGGUCAACCCCAUGGGGCUACUGGUGGAGGAGCUUACUAAGCAGAAUAUGCCUCUGCCAGAACCUCGUCUCAUCAGAUCUGCAGGAGCAAGUACUGUCCUGCCACUCUACUUUGUUGGCUUGUACAGUGACAAGAAGCUCCUGGCUCAGGGUCCAGGAGAGACACUCGUCGGAGCAGAGGAAGAAGCAGCGCGAGUGGCCCUCCGCAAACUUUAUGGCUACACAGAGAACCGUAGACCCUUUGACUUCUCUCCACAAAAUCAGCAAGUGCAGCCAUUACUUCAGUCAGCCAACAGCAAUUAAUGUCAACAGCAAUUACACUGAAACAUAAAAUUAAAUGAAAGUGGUGCAGUUGGACAGGAACCUCAUUUACAGACUCCUUGCAGUUUAAAAUUGAACUCCAGGCUAGUUGUGGACUCGUCAGAAUUCAUUCUGUGGGGAUUUUAACUGUUAAUACCUGCAGACAAAAAGAGCUGGAGAGUUCUUAAAGUCUAAAUAAGAAGUGUGACAGUGUUAUAAGAUCCUGUUUUUCAGUUGAUUAAACAAUCCAAAGAUUUCUGAGUACAAGUUUAAUUGUAAAGUUCACAGCUCAUGAACCUUAUCUCGACUUAUCAACUGGUGGUUCAACAGUCCAUUUUCAAAAAAUAUCUCUGACAUCUGGCUAAGCCCCUGUAAAUAAUGCAAGUUCUGUUUGGUUUACUUUAUACUCUGUUUUUAUGAAUCAUGUAUAAUAUAAAUAAAACCCAAAACCU